AUGGUGAGGGGAGCGAAGAACGUCCUGCAGACCUGGUGGACCAAUGUCUCCAAGCCGAACUUUCGGGAGACAUCCGAGGACGAACCCGGCCUACCGCUGAGCAAUUAUACCACGUCUGAACGCCAGACUCCACCGACCGGCCGUCUUCCGGACAAGAGGGUGCCGAGCUCACACCUGACUCUGCACCAGUUCUUGUACAUUGCCGGCUCCCAUGGCAUCGGUGCCCUGAUCAUAUCGGGGGGCAUCAAUUUUGCCCUCGCCUAUGCCAUGUACACCACGACCGAUGACCCCAUCAGGCUGUGGCAGUUCCCCAACACGCUGGCCGGCGACACGGCCGUGACCAUCAUCGUGCAGUGCCUCAUGACGUGGAUGAUCGAGAUGUUCAUCGUGAACCGGGACCUGCGCAAGGGCAACAUCCAGCCCAUCGGGUUCAUCACGGAGCCCAGCUCGACGGAGCGCCUGAGCCGCUGGGUCCGCUGGUUCAUGCUGCUGGACCAGUCGAAGCAGCAGCGCAAGCGGCGGGGCAGCAUAAAGCGCAAGGCGCUGUACGUGCUCGCCCAGGUCGUCCGGGCCCUGCUGGUGGCGUUUGUCAGCUUCUGCAUCCUGUUCGGGCCGUCCGUCGGGAUCCUCACCGCCGUGGGGUCCAAGGUCGGCGCCGGCGGCGACUGGGUUUAUGCGUCGCGGUGGGCGCCCGAGAUCUUCAAGCUGGUCCUCGGCGGCGUGCUUGCGGUCAUGACGACCCCCUUCUUCGCGAUGUUUUGGAUGGUUAAGUGCGGGUGGAACGGCGGAAUUCAUGAGGCGGUUAUGAUCAACGGGAACGAGUACAAAUGA